GGAUAGCAUACGUGCAACAACAUAUAUGCCAAUGGAUACCCAGUCAAGCAGACAGUUUAGCAUCAGCGAGGAUCCUUAAAAAGGCACAGCAUUCGCAAAGGCAGUUUCAGUACACUUUUAUUUGCAAACACGUCAAGAUCAACGGCAUAUUUUCUAUUUUCGCUAGUUUAGUGCUUGGUAAAAGUAAAAAUGAGCGAUUUCAGCAUCGACUACAUACUGCAUCGUGCUGGCGAAAGGUAUAUCGGCACAAAUGCUUCGAUUGGCAUUGUGGAGCGCAUCAAAUUGGAGGAGCAGCACCGGCGUCAACGUGGAGCUUACGACACAUAUCAAUCCGGCGUAGCCGUUGAGUUGGCCAACAUGGCCGCCGGUGUUGUGGACGCACACACGUUGGGCGCAUUCAAUCAUGAGCGUGUCGCGCAAAUGCCCAUGUUCGAUUGGUUGCAGUAUACGCGCUAUCAUCCGCCGCGUUUGCCACGCUCACUACGUCAACCGCCUGCCAAACGCACGCCCGGCCGUCUGCCACGCAUACCAUUCACACCCACACAACUGGAAGCACUGGAAAGCGCCUAUCGCGCAGCGAACUACUUGAGCGCGGAAGAAGCCAACCAGCUAGCCGCGUCGCUGGUGUUGACAAAUACGCGCGUCAAAAUUUGGUUUCAAAAUCGUCGCGCACGUGAGCGACGCGAAAAACGUGAGCGUGAUGAAAGUUAUGAAUCCACAAUCUCUUCCAACGCCUCUAGUCCGGAACCGCAACCCGAUGUUGUGCUAUAGUUAAGCGUUUCCAUUUACGAGUGCUUAGUAAAGUGGUUAAAGCUAAAAACGUAUAAAAGACACCUUCAGAAUACUAUUAUAUGUACCUCGAGAGAACUCUUCCAAAUUAUCUGGGAAAUGUUUUAUAAUGCUAUGAAAAAAUUAAGGAAUAAUAUAUUACAUUGUGGUUGUGAUUAUUAAUAAGAAUUGAAAA